CUUAUUUGAUUAUUUAUUUUCCAAAAGAGACGACAGCUUAUUGCAAAAAAUCCCAAGUACCCUUACCCUGUUUUCCUUUUCAAUCAACCAAUCAAAUUUGUGUAUAUUUAUUCUUGUGAAUGCUACGAAACUCUGUUGAAGUGUGUUCUUUUGAGAGGAACUGCACUUUUUAAUUCUGGAACAGUUAUCCGUUGCACGGAAUCAAAUCUUUGUUGUGUGCUGAAGGAAAAUGCUGACAAUUAAGAUGUCAAAGCUUCAUUUACGCACUUAGAUGCCAGUUUUUUUUUUUUUUUAAAUAAAAUUAUCUACUGAAGAAAUGUGAUACUAGAACCUCUUUGGUAAAGAAGAAUUCACUGCUUUCCCCAGGUCUAAAAUUCAGGAUUUUCAGUCGGAAAUAAAAAAAUAAAAAUGCGUUGUCAGAAUGAUAAACGCUUUGUGUGUAAUCUCUGCGGCGAAGCGUUUCCUCGGAAGGUAGCUUUCGACAGCCAUUACCGCACUCACACGAAAGAGAAACCUUACAAGUGCGAUGUCUGCAUGAAGUGCUUUUCGGACAAAAGCAAUCUGAACAGACAUUAUCGUGGCCACACAAAUAAAAGACCUUACGUGUGCAAAGUCUGCGGCAAAUCUUUUUCGGAUAAAAGUCACCACAAUGCCCAUUACCGUAUCCAUUCCAAUGAGAAGCGUUUCAUUUGUGAUCAGUGUGGCAAAGCAUUCCUGCAGAAUUUUUCUCUGGUUCUGCAUUACCGAAUGCACACUAACGAGAAACCGUUUCCGUGUGAUGUGUGCGGAAAAGCGUUUUCCGAUAGGAGCAGCUUCGUGAGGCACUAUCGGGUUCACACGAAAGAGAAACCGUACAAAUGCGAGCUGUGCGAGAAACCGUUUUCUGACAAGACCACUCUGAACAGGCAUCUGCGGAUUCACACCAACGAAAAACCCUUCUCGUGCGACAUUUGCAGCAAGUCGUUUACUCAGAAAUCUUCGCUGAACUAUCACUCGUACACGCAUCUGAAUGAGAAGCCUUUCAAAUGUGCAGUCUGUAACAAAUCGUUCAUUCGGAAGAGGGAUUACGACAGACACAGCAACACUCAUACCAGCGAUAAACCUGUCCUGUACGAUGUCGGCGGACAGGCGUUUCGUGAUAAUGCCCCUUUUAACAGGGAGUAUCUGUUUCAGGCAAAUGAAGAACCUUUCGAUUGCGACGUUUACAGCGAACGGCUUGUGGAAAGUGCUUUGUUAAACCAUACGAUCACUAGCGACGAUUUUUUCGUUGAGAAAAGUGAUUUCGGCUGUGAAUACAGGGUGUAUGGGGAUGAGAAGUCUUUUGGUUGCGAAGUGUGCGGCCAGUUGUUUACGUGCAAAAAACAUUUGAUUAUGCACGACUGUUUCCAUGUCAGUGAAAAACCUGUUGCGUGCACGUUUUAUGACGACAAAUGUUUGGAUUUGUCGAAUGAUACUCGAGCGGACCAGGAACCCUUUAUGUCUGAAACUUGCUACGCAUCAUUCAUUGAAGCGAAUGAUUUGAAAGGCAAAUCCCAGAUGGAUCCCAAACUUCUGCCAGGUGACACAUAAUGUUGCUAAUACUUGUCACUAAGAUUCCACUUUGUGUAUUUAAGUAAAUUUGAAAAACUAACGCGAAUGCUUUGAGCAUCUCACAUUUUCAUUGUAAGAAGCACACAAACUUUCCACGGUAUUUUCUGCGCUAUGACCGUAAUUUAUACUUACUGCACAUACAAAAAUGAAUGUAUGACUCAUUGCAGCUGUUAAAGGGUAAAAACAAAACAGGCGUGUAUAUAUAAAGAGAAAAAGAAUAUAUACAUUUAUUUAAAGAGGGAACAAGUGUUCGAUGUGUACUGAAAAUUUACGUGAUCUCAUUUUAAUGAGAAAUUCUUUAAAAACAGUUUGUGCUGGAAAUCAAAGAAUUAUUUUUCCUUGAAGUAGUUUUUGCAGAAUCUCUGUUUUGCUAUCAUCAUUUCUCUGGGACACUUCAUGUGUAGUAAAAAAUAUUCAUAUACUUCUGUUGGUGGUAUCGAUACAAAAAAAAAAAAAAAAAAAAACCCUCCUCAUUAUGAAGUUUUUGUGUGCAAUGCUUCCCAGCAAGGAAGGUUUAUUUUUUAUUGCAGUAUUUCAGUAGGAGAUAAAUUUCUUGUUGUAGAUUGUGCCAUAGAAUUCUCUGGGACAUUUGUUAAGCUUGCAUCAUCCAUUGAUGCUUUAUAUAGAAAUUCUUUCAAAUCUGUGAUCUUUUAAAACUUUAAAUUAUAUUGAUAGUUAAAAAAGUUUGUUAUAUAAUGUUUUACAUAUUGUCUGACUGUAGAACUCAAUUCAGAUUGAGAUUAGAUCCGAUCUAGAUAAUUGUCAAAAAAGAGACUAUUUCUGGAUGAGGGAAAAAUUUACCGAUAAUGUAUUUAACACAAUGUCUAAAAAAAGAAUGUUUACAUUUUGCAUAUUGUAUUAGAAUAUUACUGCUUGAACUUAUCUGUUGAAAUCAUUGUCUUGAUUCGUUUUUAUUUGGAAAAAUUUUUAGUAUUCCGCAGUCCGUAAGCACCAUUCUACUUCCAUAUUGAAUCAGAGUUUUCGCUCAUUACAUUAAUCAAUAAUAACAAAUAUCACGAACAAUAACUAAUCUUGCAUUUUUAAAAAUUUAAAUGUCUUUACAGUUUUAUUUAAUUACCAGUAGAGUCCACACGGACCUGCGUCUGGUGAACAAUAGAUGAUUAAAAAAUAACAGAAAAAUGAAGACAGUAAAAAACUAAAGGGGAGGGGGCGAGUGAUAAUAAAAUUGGUAUUUGCAUAUUAUAGCGAUCGACAGAGUUAAUUACCAAGCAAACGGUGAUAUAUCGUCAAGAUGGCUGUAUUAUGUACAGCUAAUCCUAAGAUUGCUGAGUAAGUCCGCGAGUCGCGACAAUCGUUAAGUACCGUAAAAUUAAAAUGUGUCUUGCAGAUGAUUCCAUUAGAAUUUUAAUUAUUUAAAAAUAAUUUUCUUUAUUCUCUAACUUCAAUUCUUACCAAAUUUGCGAAAAA